GAAAACCGUGUGGAUCGUCGAUGAAAGGAAACUAAUUACCAGUUUCUAUUCCAGUGUGCUGAGGGUGAAGUUAAUUUUCUAAUAGCCGCCGCCCGCCAUCAAAUUGACAGCCGCCGGUUCCGCCUCCGCCAUGGCCGCGCCCUUCGAUUCCAAUUCUCGGGAGGGUGUUCCGAAGAAGCGAUCAGCUCCAAUCAAGUUCUUGGUUCCUCUGGUUUAUGCCCCUGUUCUUCCUCUCAUCAGAAUUGCGCUGCGGAAGAACCCUGUUGUGAGGGAUCGGCUGUUCACGGCGGUGUUGGCUGGUGCUUUUGCCCAUGGCUUUUACCUGGUAAGUGAUAUCUAUGAUGCUGAGAGCAAGUGAACUCAAUUUCCCACCUCCACAUGAUCAGAUCAUGAUGAUGCCUGUUUGAGAAAUCGGAAGCCAGCCGAGAUGCGACGCCCGAAUGGUACAUUCCGUCCUGAAAACAAUCAGUUUUCGAUGUCAUAAUUCGGAGUUGCCUCGCUUUCUCUGCCGUUAAGCAACCGGGAGAGAAUCGGCUCCCUGCUGCCUUCUCUGCCAAAUUCGAAUUCGAAUCCGAAUUAGGAUCUGGCUGCGCGCCCUCGGUGAUUUUGUUCGGCGGGCAAGGUUUCCACCAGGGCCUGUAAUGGCGUUGGGGAUCUGGUUUCCGGUGACCGGUGCCGGCGCUGGCAGAGGGUCGGAUUCCGAUGGGGCGGAAGACGAGUAGAUUGGUGGUCAUUUUUUUGGGGAGCUUGUGAAAAUGAAGCGAUGAAUUGGUUGGCUUUUUAAAUUUGUAAUUAUACCCAAAAAAAGAUAUCAUAAUAAUAGUUAAUUUCUAUUGCACAAAAAUACCUAUUUCAACAUUUUUCCAUAUAUAUAACAUUUUUAGUUGGCCGGA